CUUUUCUUCCGAUGAGCUCCUCUCGGUUGAGCGGGCAUUCCUAUCAUCGUUAUUCUCCAGGUGCACAGUCAGAAGCGGAGCUGCUUCCCGCUCAAUACUGGAACUUCGCGGCCCUGCGUUGAUAUCGUGACGUUUGCGCUGUCCUCCUCCACGCUUGUCAACUCGAGUUACGACACGGUUCAUUGGAAGCGUUGACGUGGAGUGCCCUCCAUAAGCCUAACAGCGUCAACCAAUGCGGCUGGGUCCACAUACAAAACACUGAGCUAUUACAGCGCCUAUAGGACACAGCCAUGCAGGGAGUCCUCUGGAAGUUUCUCGCCACUGGCUUGGUGGCUUGUGUCGGUGCACUCCUUCUGCAGCACCUGUGGGGCGUGAUCAAGAGAUGCCUGCGCAAGGACCUGCCUCCGGGGCCGUACGGUUUGCCACUGCUCGGUUACCUGCCCUUCAUGCCCAAGGACCACCACGGUGUAGAGGUUUUCAAGAAGAAGUUCGGCAGCGUAUUUGGGAUUUACCUGGGAAGCCGAUACGUGGUUUUUCUGUGCGACUUCGGAUCCGUGAAAGAAGCCUUCUCGCAGGACGCUCUUCUCAACAGACCAGAAGAACUUCCCUUUAAAAUCCACGAGCAGUCACAAGGCCUUCUUUUAAUCAAUGGCCCACUGUGGAAAUUGCAGCGUCGCUUUUCGCUGAAAGUCUUCAAAAAUCUGGGCGUCGCCACACCCGCCAUGGAGAGCCACAUACACGAGGAGCUGUCGUACCUAAUCCGCGAGCUGGAAUCCCUCAAGUGUAAGCCCGUGGUUCCCACGUCCCUGCUGACGCCCAGCACGUCCAACAUCAUCUCGGCUCUGGUGUUCGGCCGGCGGUUCGAAUACGACGACCCCGAGCGCAUUUACCUGGACGAACUGAUCGAAGUCAUUCCAGCACUGGCUGCACAGGCGGCGGCCAUCAACUUCUUUCCCUGGCUUCGUAAGCUGCUCGUCUUCUUCCGCGUGGGCGCAUGGAAGCGGCUAAGGGAUGCCCUGGCCAGCAGAGAAGAUUUUGCCGACUCCAAGAUUAAGGAGCAUCAGGACACGUACAAGGACGGCUUGGUCCGAGACUACAUCGACGGCUUUCUCAGCGAGAUGAAGCAACAGCGAAACGGAGGUUUCACUCGUAACCUUCUCAAGGGCAAUGUCGCGACCUUCUUCGGGGCCGGCAGCGAGACGGUUCGCUCUGCCCUCGAGUGGUUGCUGCUCACGUGUGCCGCCAAGCCGGAGCUGCAGCGCCGCAUCCACGCCGAGAUUGACGCCGUCCUUGAGGGUAACCAGAGCUCGAACAUCUCGUGGAGCGAUCGCAGCCGGAUGCCGUACACGCAAGCGUUCAUAUGGGAGACGAUGCGCUACAAGCCAGUCGUCCCGCUGAACCUAAUGCGAUACGCUGACGCAGACGUUAAGGCGGGAGGCUACGUCAUCCCCCGCGGCAGCAUUGUGAUCGCAUCCAUAUGGUCUAUCUUCCACGACAAGUCCUUCUGGGGAGAUCCGGAAGUCUUCCGGCCGGAGCGCUUCCUUAUCGACGGUGAGACACGACCGCUGAAACCAGAGCAAUUCAUCCCCUUCUCUUACGGCAAGCGCUCGUGCACCGGUGAAGUGAUCGCCAAUAUGGAAGAGUUUAUCUACUUCACCACCAUUCUGCAGCACUUCACAAUCGAGGUGCCACCCGACAGCCCGAGCCUUGUCUUUGACGAAAUCACUGGCCUCUCUCUCCGACCCAAACCCCAAGCACUCAUCUUCCGGCCGCGACGGGUACACAAUUGAGCACACCACAAGUUGAACCUGCUCGACAGAGUGUUAGAGCUAAGGUAUAAAGCGGCAUGCUCAUGAUGCUAGUGAUGAUGUAAGCACUCGUUAUAUGAACAAACUUGCGAUGUGAACAAUGUCGUUUUAUUGUUAAUAUCGUUUUUCUGUCAGCUUUUGACGAGUAUAUAUGCACACGCGUAAUUUUCUUUCCCGAGUGUCGCUUCAGAAUUUUUUCCUCGGACGUUUCUUUGAUCGCUAUAGAUGACGUAACAGUAAUGAUAUGUAAUAGAUGCAACCGCUGUACAGUCAGCUCUUGGCUCACGGUGUACACAUAUGUGCUCGGCGCUCGCAACUUGUUUUUGCCAGUUCUGUCCAGUGAUGGCAACAAAAAGUAAGGCACUGCCUGGUGACUGCCAUGUUUGACGGGGUGUUCAACGUGCCGCGUUCUAUCAGCAGUGGCGAAAGCAUAGUUUUAAUGCAAUUAACAUUAUUAGGCUACUUCACGCACUUUCCGGUAGUACGAAAUCUAUCUAUCUAUGUCUACAUCUCACCGUUUUCUUUUCCCAGUGCAAGAGAGAAGCGUGACCGCUCAUACAUGACGCGUUUCAGCGCCUUGCAGGGUUUACGGUAUGUUUCAGCGGUGGAAAUACAGUGUGUCGAUACAUUGCUUCAAUGCCAAUCGCAUUAGACAGUCAUCCUGGGAUGGUUAUUGCUGGAUUUUUUUUUACUUUCUCGUAAUGCCUGCAAUUAAUAACGUGUGCGUAUGCUUUGACCUGAUCAGUCUUUAAAAAAAACGGAACAUAUCUCACUGUACAACAUACCAAUAGUAAUUUCCCCUAUGUUGUCCUUGGUGUCGUUGUUUGUUGGCUUCUUAUGAUAUGAUUAAUAAAAAUCGGGCCCCUCGGUUCCCUUUAUUCUCGUUCAUUACAUACGAGGACUCGAAUCCGGCAACACUGAUGCCUUCAGGUAGCAUAUGUGGGUUUAUUGACCAGUUGUCAUCACCCAAAAAGAUCACGUGCUCGUGACGCCUGCGGCAGAAAGAAUGUUCCACAUCCGCCCUAUGGUUUGUGAGUGGUGGCGCUGGCUAACACUCCCAGGGUUAGUUCUAGUUGUAAAACAUAAAUACCCCAGAAAGUGGAUGGGAAAACGACUCCGCGGUAGCUCAAUGGUGAGAGCAUCGUACGCGUAAUGCGAAGACGUGGGUUUGUUCCCCACCUGCGGACAGUUGUUUUUUCAUCCAUUUUCAUUUCCAUUAAUUUAUCAUUUCUUUAAUUCAAUUAGUAAGUACAAGUAAUUUCCCCUAUGUUGUCCUUGGUGUCAUUGUUUGUUGGCUUCUUAUGAUAUGAUUAAUAAAAAUCGGGUCCCUCGGUUCCCUUUCUUCGCGUUCAUACCAAUAUUUAGUAAUUCUGUAAUGAUCAUAACUAUAAAAUGUAUAUAUAAAUCAUUACCUGCCAUCUUGACUUUCUUUCAAUGAAGUCUGCAGCGCAUUGGAAUAAAAUUGUCAUUGACGCACUUUCGAUAUUCCAUCUUAAUUCACGACUGAAGGGGAUAAUGCAUUUGGGUGCGAUUGGUACAAGUAACGAACACGAUGAAUUCAGGAACACUGGUACGGAGACCAUCGAAGGUGAUUGCCAACGUAAGCGAAUAGCUUACGUGGACCACGAAAAUCACAUUAACAAAAAUUUAAUUCUUGGGUUUUACGUGCCGAAACCACGAUCUUAUUAUAAUUGGGCAUUCCGGAUUCAUGCAUACACCUAAAUCUAACUACACAUAUCCUAAGUACAUCUAAAUCUAAGUUUUGCAUUUCGCCCCCUUCGAAGUGCAACCUUUGCGGCCGGGUCGAACCCGCGACCUAGAGUCAGGAGCGCAACGCUAUAGCCACUGCCACGGCAGGUCAGAUAUGAAAUGGAUACACUAGCAAUACUUCCGAAGUAGAUUCAUGCUGACCUCGAUGACUGUGUUUUAUGAUGCCGUGGGAGGGCCACGAGGGGGAGUGCCUUGACGUAGAUGCGGCGGCACAUAGACGGAGACCCCAUUGUGAUGUGCAUCCUUUCGCGGGGAAGAGCAGACGGCCAACCGCCUUUUGGACCUUCAGCACUUGAGCAAAGAGCGCCUUGACCGCUCUAGCCCACAAGAGCCGGUGCAGGCACAAGUAGGCCCCGGCCCGCUUCCAUAGUUUGCGAUUGCCGCCCAGCACCAUCGGUACUGCUCGACGGCGUAAGGCCAUGCUGGGAUGGACGAGAAGGGCCUUUGUCUUCGUGGACGAUACUGAGAGGCCCACUGCUUGGAAGUAGGAAACAAUUUCGUCCAGGGCGCGCUGCAAGCAGGACCGCACAGCUGGAAGGCUUCUAGUGGGACCCCGCGUCCACAGAGCUACAUCAUCGGCGUAUACAGAAAUGCAGACACGAUGCCGGAGGUCUGCUGGGAUGGCAGAAGGGAGAGACGCCAGCGCCAAGUUGAAAAGGAAGGGGCUCAGGUUGAAAAGGAAGGGAUCCUUGAGGAACUCCGGAACAGACCACCCGUGGGGAGCUCACAGCCAGUGUUGGCAGGUUUGGCUCUAUAUAACUAAAUUGGGCUACAGAAAAACAUUUUUGGCAUCAACUUUGGUGAGUUGGUUAUGUGGCUAUAUUUGGGCUACUGAAAAUCUGCGACAUGGCUUUGUCUGGGCUAUAAGUGGUUCCCUAAUCCACGCUCCAGAGGUGGCUCUCAUCGAGUAGAAACAAAUUUCAAAGGCUAUGUUUUAGCUGGCUGCAAGCACCAAAGGAAAUUGCGGAGCCGGAAACACGCCAUGGACGCGAUGUUGCAGAACACAGCCGACACAGAAGCGUGUAUACAUCUAUGCGACAAUAUACCGGAGCCUAAAAAUUUUUUCUUUUUACAACCACAAAGAACCGAUGACGGCCGCCAAAACAGCGCGCGCGCUUAGUCGCAGCGCGUUUUGUGCGUACGUAUACUCACACUUAUCCUAACCAUGGUACAACGAAGGACGGUAUAUACGGUUGCUCUAUAGCAAAGGAGCAGGCAGCACGGCUGUGCGUGUGUGCGUGCGCGAAAUGCUGCCCUCCUCUCUGCGCCGUUAUCGUGGCCGGUGGCUUUGUUUCUUUAUGCACUCUAACCCCCAUAUUCAGAAAUGCAUCUUAGUUGAAGCCCAUGCUUGACUUCCUUUAAAUGACGCCUGUCGUGAACGCGCCCGAGGAAGCACGAUGAGCGUCCUGGGAGCGUUCACGACAGGCGUCAUUUAAAUGAAGUCAAGCAAUAGCUUCAACGUAAGAUGCAUUUCUAAAUACGGGGAUUAGAGUUACACCACGCAUCAACGUGCUUAACAUUUGCGCCAGCAACAUCGUCUAAUCUUCGUCUUAACGGUUUUAGUCAUCAAACACCCGAUCCCUGGGCAUCGGGGUGAGCGUGGCAGUAGACGGUGUUUCACAGUACAUUGUGCUAAUAUGGCUAUGCUAAGCAAGGGAGAGCAAUAAAAUAGGCAAAGGCGAUCGUGGUGCUGGCAUGAAAGAAGUGAAGCACGGGUAGAUGACACGCUCCAGUGUGAUCAUGAUGCCAUGGCUUCUGGGUGAAGUAUCACGCCGGGCAGAGAUUUCGAUGUGCACGUUUCUCACGGUAAGCUUUACUGCCAUUUUCCUUUUCUUGCAAGAUCAAUUUUUGUGCGUGCUUCAUUCGAAAUUCAUUUCGAUAGGUUAGACUUAUAAGAUUGUAUCUUCCUCAAAGAGGGGAUACGAUCAGAGAGGAGGAGGAGGGUCAUGCAAAAAAAGGAUUGCCGUAGUCGAAUGUGAAAAAUGUGUACAGAAAUAAACCUGCAAAUAAUCAUGGCUAUAUUUGGCCAUGCAUUUUGUCCCCUCUUUUUUUUUGUGUCUGGCUACAUUUGGGCUACGAUUUCUUUUAACUCUGGGCUACGCCGCCUCGUCCGACCCGGCAACGCUGCUCACAGCCUUUCCCACCCUACACAAAGGGAGCACCAUGUGAGAAAGGCCGUGACGAAACGCCAGAGACAUCCCGUAACCCCGAGAUCGUCUAGAGAGUGCUCAAUGACCGGGUAAGGCAAGCCUUUGCCUUUGGCAAGAUACCCGUUUGCCGGCGCCCAACCAUUCAAUACGGUAGGCAAAGAUAUGUAAUCACUUUAACAAAGAACAAUAAGAAAUGUGCUUCACCCAGCCUUAUUCAUUUAAUGUUUUGGAAAGCUUCCUCCUCGCUCUCCCUGCCAUUCUCUCGUCUUUAGAAUCGCGCAGGUUUACAUUAUA